AUGAGGACUUCUGCCGCUAUUUCUUUUUCCCUUCUGGGAUUGGCUAUUGCUACACCAGUUCCUCAAGAUAUUGACUUUGAUGCGUAUGAAGCUGUCCCAGUCUUGCCAGACAUCGCGCCUCCAGUUGGUGCAUCUGUUGUGUCAACUAUCAGCUACAACCCUACCGCCGCUGCUUCUGCUGCCGCGGCAGAUGCAACUUCAAAGCCAGGUGAUUCAAUCUCAAAGCGAGCAAUCUGUGCUUCCACGAAUCCGGGAAACGCACCUCCUGUUACUGUCCCGGCCGAUGAUGCUGCAUCGUUCCUAGCUGAUCCAACUAUUGCAAGCAUCGCAAAUGCAGCUGCCGAUCCUCCGGGAUACUUCCUGGUGGAAGGUUUUCAGAACCUCCAAGCCAGUGCCAGCAACCCCUCAUACUUGACCUAUGUCAGCAGCCAGCUUACAAGCUACGACCCUACGAAAUGCGCUGCUCUGUGUGACGCUAUGAACGGCUGCAAUUCUUUCAACAUCUACUUCGAGCGCGAUCCAUCUGUCACACCGGACGACACUUCCUGCUCCAACCCUCCCUCCGCCACUCGAAUCAAGUGCGCAUUCUUCGGCACCUCCCUUACGAUCGUCGAUGCUACCAACAUUGGCCAAUGGCAAGGCCAAUUCCACGUCGUUCAAGCUGGUUCCAACGCCUACACAACCCACCCCCAACCCCUCCCAGGCUGGACUGGUCCCACCUUCCUUGACAACGCCGCCAUCAGCGCGCCCCCAGGAGUUGGAACCUACAUGGGCGUGCAAACCUUCCCAAUGUCUCAACCCUAUGACCCCUCGGUCUGCGCUACCGCCUGCCUGCAAAAGUCCGCCUACAACCUCCGUCACACCGUGCCGGCAUCUGAUGCAAGAAUCUGCGUGUUCUUCGAUGCGUAUAUUCUGUACAAGAAUGGGCAGAACGGUGUCUUCACCUGUACUUACUACACGGCGGUCUACGGCCCGCCUCAAGCGACGAACAAUGGACAAUUCAAUGCGGCGGGUGAUCAUUUCACUAUUGGGCACAGCUACAUUUAUUCCUUGGAUCCAAUCUAGAUUGUUUUAGUUGGUUAAAGGGGAGGACGGUGCCUGGUUUGGAGACUUUCUCUCUUUGUGCAUUGGUUUUGAAUUUUAGAUAUUUGGUUGAUGUGUUAUGGCUAGGGAGGUAGAUCAGGAUGCGGUAGGAAGACUGCGUUUGCACAUAAUAUUCAAUUUUUAAUUUGUUCCGC